UCGAGACGAGUUGGACGUGUGUGUUGCGUAUGAGCUGUGAGCGUGUCUUUGACGAAUAUCCAAAACAGAAAAAAAGAAAACCGAUACGAAACGAUGUCUUUGUUAGCGGUUCUUAAGUACUAGCAAAGUUCAAUUGUUAAUCAGAUCGAAAUGCAUACAUAACUAUUAGGGUUUAGACCUCUUUUGGUUGAAAAGGUUAAAACUCUUAGUGAAUUGUUGGUGUGUUUUUUUUUUUGUUGUUCUUGUGUAUGUGUUUGUUUUUUAUUGUGAUGCUAUUUAUUUUUUAAUUACGUAUACGCUGAGAGACGAUUACGCGAUAUUUGUUUCCUUCUAUUAUAUUCUUAUGGCACUAUUGGGGAAGCAUUCUUGAGGGAAACGAGUUUUGAUUGGGAUAAGAAAAAGUGCCUGUUGACUUGUGUGAGUGUUUGCCCUCUUUGCCUCGCCUCCUCACAAUACCACCAACUCGGCUUACCUCAUUCCCCACCCCCGUCUCGCGUCAACACAGUCGCCGUUUGUCGCUCGUCUUAGAAGUGAGCGUGCGCUCAGAUUGCAUUCUAACGGUAAAACGAGUACGACUCUCGGCCCCGGUAUGGCCUGGCCUGGACUGGCCUAUUGCAGCAUCCACAAUAAUAAUAAUAACAACAACAACAACAACAUCUACAACAAGCAGCAGCAGCAGCAGAAGCAACAACAAAAGUAGCUUACAUACUACAUACAUCUCGGGUUGGCAAGUUCUCUUUGGCGCUAAUCUUCUCAAUUUAUGGUUCUUCGUGGUAUGCAUCGAUGACGAUGCAAAGUGCAGUAAAGUCAAGAACUCCAUUACUCGAACACACACACACUCACACACUGUGCCAGAGUGAGAGAUAGAUUUUUUGUUGUUUUUGAGAACAUUCUGAGCUGUGUGGCAGUGGCCUGGCCCAUUUUUAAACCAAAAUCGUGUCAAUACUCGCUCCCAAUUUAAAAGAGAUACUGCAAGAAGAAGAAGUUGAAGUAAAAGAAGCCCCCAAACUUCAAAUCUAUGCAAAAGAGUGACAGCUCCACGUUGCAGCGACACCAUCAUCCCAAACGCACCCAGUUCACCAUGGCUCCUAGUGUGUGCGAGACCUCAACCAAAUUGCCCGGAUCGGGUCAAUUGGCAGCAGGAGGAGGUGGUGGAGGUGGAUCAGCCAUGGCAGCAUCAGUGCCAGCUGUUGGCGGUUCAAGCAGUCAUUCGGCAAUUGGCACUAACAAAUGCGGUGGCAGUAGCCUAAAUGGCUCAUUGGCCUCCUAUAAAAUGGCUGGAUCGGAGCAGAGUUGGCCUCAGGCUCCAGUUUAUAGUAAAGAGAAUCAACGACCGCCUGUCUACAAUCCAGAGGAUUAUGUUCUAUCACUACGAAAGUUUACCAAAGGCAGCAGCUCAGCUAAAAUGCAAUCCAUUUACGAUGUCACAACAAAUGGCAAGGAGGAAGCCUACAGAUCGGCAACCUUGCCAGCCAAACACUCGGACUACAAAUCUCCCAUUCCGGCUCCACUAGAGAGCGAUAGCGAGAUGUCAUUGCGUCAGUUUGGUUCCAUAACUGAUCUUUUAACGAAAUUGCGUGCCGAUCUAAGAGUAUCAUUUCCUAGCUUCAUUCAGGAGUUUGUGGCCACACCCUCGGAUGGCAUUAGUCAUCUUUUGGAAGUUUUGCGUGCAAUACAAAUGGCCCAGGCUAGCAAUGCACCAGCACCAAUGGCCGGAGCAACUAACUCCUUGGCUAUGUCCCGUAAUCCACAGAGCUAUCAACGUCGUGCUCUGCUCGAUGAAUUAUCCUGCCUACAAUGCCUAAGCAUCUGCUGUUCCCGCUCUCUGGAUGCCAUAGCCCGUCUUGGAAACACACCAGUUGGUCUCAUGCCUUUGGCCUCAUCGGCCACGGGUCAAGGUAUACGUGCCCGCAUCCUUGCCCUGCAACUUCUCGCCUCAGCCUGCGAUCGUCAGCCGUUUGGUAAUGGCAAUGGUGGCCAGAAGAUUGCCUCAGCUGGCCACACAGCCGUCUCGGAGGCCAUGUCCACACUCCGUCUGCGUUGCAGUGAGCCGGUACGUUUUCGUUUGCUCAUUGGCAUACUCAACAGUGGCGGCGGAUCAGGAGAACUGCAAUGUGCUGGCAUCAAAUUUCUCAACACAUUUAUCGAGAGUGCGGUGAGCAUUCAGCAACGUCUCUACAUUCAGGCCGAACUCUUUCAGGCUGGACUGGAGCCCAGUACUUUGGCUCGCACCAUUUCCUCGUCGUCUCCAUGGCUGGACGCACUGCGCAUCGAGAUCAAGCGUUUCAAUGAGCUUCACAUCGAUGUGGAUAAGAUGAUGGCCCAGGCCAGGGAUGCGGAGAGAGUGCGAAGCCAAAUGGUUAUAUUGGAGCGUCGAGUGCAGAUUCUGCACGAGGAGAAGGCCGUGCUGACCUCUAUGGAGCGUCGCCUGCAGGAGAGAUGUGCCGAAUUGCAGCGUGAGAUCUUUCGCCUGCAAGGUGCUCAGCAGGAAUCCAAUUUUAAGCCAGUGGAAUCACAUCAGCCGGUGGCUCUGCCGCGUCAGGUGCAACCGAUCGCAAAGGCAGCCAAAGUCAACAAACAGAGCUGUUCCGAGCAUGAAGAUGAGGGUAUUAGUAGCUCCGAAACAGGAGCUUCACUUAGUCCAGUGCCCAUUCUGGUACUGCCCUCCAAGGCAAAGACCUUGAGAAAGACCACAACAACAACAGCAACAACUAAGGCGGCUGAAAAAGACGACGAUGAGGAUGAUGAUGAUGAUGAUGCGGCGACUAUCGAGGAUGUCAUUGAAGAGCUGGACAAUAUUGUUAGCGAGGCAGAGAAACAGAUCAUUGGCCACUCCAAGAAACAUACCAUCCAUCGACCACAUGUGGAGCAGGAAAUCGUUCCGGUUAACAUUGUACCACAACCGCCAAGAAAAUCAAGAUCUCUGGCUCAUCUAGUACCCCGCACCGAUUGCUCCGAACAGGACGGCUCUGAAUAUGGAAUGCUGGUGCUGCAGCACCAGCCCGGAGACACCGCCGCCGCCGAGCGUCUGGCUGCCAUGCAAACAUUCUUCGAUGAGGGCGACUACGAUGCCCCCGAAACAGAUCAGCAGCCGUCCUAUGCAAUGAAUUCGCCCUCUCCGGAUUUGCCAGAGGCCACUGCCACAGCCACUGCCUACAAUGCAAGCACCAAUCGGGAAUUGCUCGAUGUGAUUAUGAAUGCAAGGCAUAAUGAACAUGAUCCCACCAUGCAAGCGCUAAGAAAGAGUGUCCAGGAGGAUCGUCCACCCCAAGCAGAAAGAGAAAGAGAAAGAGAGAGGGAACCAACUAGAGAACGAGAACGUCCUUCUAAUAAAGUUAAGGCACCAGCCCCAGCCCCACCUGCACAGCAGUUCAAUGGAGUCUUCUUCAUGACCGGCAUGAAUACACCGCAAAAGUAUCCAAAACCCGAUAUUACAGCAGCUCUUCAAGCGCGAAGGGUCACCAAGAAUGUGGAACGCUUGGAGGCCGCCUUUGCCACCCAUGAGGCGGUCAAUGAGACGGCGAUCGUUAGAGAGAAGUCCCGCAGCAAUCAGCAAAUCUACUUUACCAGCAAUCCAGCCAUGAGAAUGCAGCCCGAAACGACGACGACGCCGACAGCAAUAACAACAACAUAUGCGGCACAAGGGAAUAGUUCACGCACCCGAUCCUAUACCCAGGGUUCCAAGGUUACCGAUCUGCCCUCUGGCUUGUAUUAAUAUAAACAAUAUACUCCUCCCUCCACAUACCGAUACUCCGUACUCUCUCCCUGUUCUUUAUUUUUAAUACAUACCUACAAACAGUUUUU